CGUUAAGCGUCGCGGGGGAUGCGUCAGUGUUUGUGUGGGAUAGUUGCCGAUUUUCGGGAUACGUUUUCAUGUACUUUGCCAUUUGAUGCAGUCUAAAGGUCGCUUAAAUAGUUGAUCGUCUCCAGAAAAUAGUAUUGGUUGAUCUCAUCGCGUGCACAAUACGUACUGAACCGUCCUGGAAUCGGGACGCAUGGUCUGCUGCGUUAGUGCAUGGUGAUCGGCGGUGCUGGUGAGAAGAGGAGUGGCCUGACCCGAUCGGCGAUCUCCACGUAGCUCCCGACGCCAGCGUUGUCCCAUUCUCUGCGAACAUGAGCGUAAUCAUAAGGCUGCAGAAUCUACCGUGGUCGGCCAACUCGGCCGACAUUCGACAGUUCUUCCGGGGGCUGUCCAUACCAGACGGAGGGGUCCACAUUGUGGGCGGCGAACAAGGAGAUGCUUUUAUAGCAUUUAGCUCGGAUGAGGACGCCCGCCAGGCCAUGAUGAAGACGGGCGGCCGGCUGCAGAACGCCCAGGUGGCGCUGCUGCUGAGCUCGCGCUCUGAGAUGCAGCGCGUCAUCGAGCUGGCGCGCCAGCGCUCCAUGGCCGCGCAGGGCCUAGCGCCGAUGCCGGUCACCGCCAUCGCGCCGCUGCCGCAGCCGGCGCCCGUGCCGGCGCCAGUGCCCGCGCCGGUGGCGCCACCAGCGGCUGACCCCGAUAUCAUCGAGAUCAAGCAGUUGGACAGAACCAGCAGCAGCCGAAGCAUGCCGCGACGCCGCUCGUCGCGGUCUCGUUCACGCUCGCGGGACCGCGACCGCGGCCGCCGGGACCGCGACAAGGGCCGCGCGUCGACGCCCGUGGCCGCGCCGGCGGCGCCCGUCUCGACAUCCGUCAGCGUGCCCGGCCUGUGGGAGCCGGCGCCGGUCAAGACGCAGGCCCAGCUGCAGCACGAGCUGAUGCUGUUCCAGCAGGGCGCGCCCAUGCCGCCGCAGCCAGUGCCGGCGCUGUCCAGCCGGGCCGGCAUGAUGGAGCCGCUGCUGUCCGCCACACCGAACGGCUUCCAGGAGCCGGCGGCACUGUCGACGCAGACGCCGGGCCGUGGCUUUCCGCCGGCCAACGACAGCCAGCACGACGGCGGCGCCGUGUGCGUGCGCGACAUGCCGACCAACGCCUCGUACCGCGACGUGCGCGACCUCUUCCGCGGCAUCCACGUGGGCCAGAGCGGCAUCAAGAUGAUUCACGACGAGCGUGGCCGCCGCACCGGCACCGCCUACGUCAACUUCCGCUCCAUGCACGACCGGCUGCAGGGGCUGGAGCGCUCCGAGACCUUGGUACGUGGCCAGCCGGUGCGGAUCACGCCGCUGGACCAGGCCGAGUUCAACGCGGCCGUGGACGCGUAUCGUCCGGAGCGCGACGCGCUCGCUUCUCCCGACGAGCUACGCCGCUUCGGCGAGGCGCCGCGCAAGGAGCCGCACGGCGAGUAUGAUCCGGCCGAGGAGGCCGAGAUGCGGCGGGGCCGCGAGCCGCGCGAGGAAGAGCUGGCGCGCGAAUACCCCUACGAGGGCAUGGGCGCACAGCGCGGACACCAGGAGAUGGACGGCCACGAGUAUGAUGACCUCGCCGGUCACGACGACCCGGCGGCGCAGGAGUACCGCAUGGGGAUGGACGAACACAUGGGCCUGGACCACUCGGGCGGCGAGUACCCGAUGGGCAGAAUGGGUCGCGUGAACCCCGAGGACAGGCUGUACCGUGACUAUCCCGUGGACGGAAUGGCUGAGAUGGACGCGAUGGACUACGACGACCAGGCUGGUUACGGCGACCCGAUGGAUAGCGAGGAGUUCAUGGGCUACGGCAAGCAACCGGAGCCGCCCUCGCCGUUCGUGCGGCUUGAGAACGUCUCCUACUUCGCGCAGCCUGAGGACAUGAUCGAGCUGCUGCAGGGCUACCCGUUCGUCGAGAUGUUCUUCGAGACGAACCGCAACAACCCGAACAAGCGCACGGGCGUGGCGUACGUGCUGUUUGACUCGGGCGCUCAGUCGGAGGACGGCGGCGCCGCGCCAGAGGAGGCGGCCGGCGACCGCACUUGUGUGCACAUCACUGGUCUGCCGCCCAACGUGACCGAGUCCAAGGUGGUGGACUUCUUCUCGGACGUGGGUCUCCUGCCGCAGAAACUGCACAUCCUGCUGGACGAGUUCCAGAACCCCAACGGCGGGGCGUACUGCGAGUUCGCCAACGCGCAGGAGGUGGAGCGCGCUCUAACCAAGCACGAGCAGUUCAUGGGUACCAACGAGGUGGCGGUGAAGGCGGUGUCGUUGGCAGCCGUCCAGGCGGCGCUGGAUCUGGACGCGGCCGACGGCGAGCACGAGGGCGCGCCGCCCGCCGACAACGGCCACGACGGCCACGAAGAGCCGCCGGUGGACGGGCCCGGCUUCUACCCACGCGGCCGCGGCGGCCUGGGUCCGGGCGCGUUCGGUCCGGGCCCUGGCGGCCCACUGGACGCCGGUCCGGCGGAGGGCUUCGGCCACCCCGGCUGCGUGCUGGGCGUGGCCAACAUCCCGUACCGCGCCACGACGCAGGAUAUCCUCUUCUUCUUCGGCGACUUCAACAUCAGCCCCGAGCAGGUGAUCCGACGCUACGACGAGCAGGGCAGGCCGAGCAGCGAAGCUCGCGUGGCCUUCCUGAACAAGGCGGAGGCGAUGACGGCGCUGAAGACGCUCAACCAGGAGGUGAUGCUCAACAGGCCCAUCUUCCUGGAGCUCAUGUGAGCGGAGGGCGGCGGCCAUGGCCGCCCUCGAUCGGACCUCUAGUAUGGUCGCGCCGCAAGACGACGGCGCCGCCAGUGAUCAGUGUGUGGACAUGUGACGCGGCCUGGAGUUGUGAAGACCAUGUACGCACCGGCGUAUGUAUUGUGACGCCACCUUUUGUUAACUGUGCGCUGUACAGUUUUGAGGCGCAUGAAAGCAUGAGUAUGCUUUGUGAGGUGAUGUAAUGUGCUCGCCUUAGGAGAGGUUUCCGCGUCAUCGGUAUCAAUGAUUUCGAGCGUAUCAGUGUCAUCAUAGAUGGAUUUCAUUGUCAUUGUGUCAGGCGUGGCACGUGUAGGCGGCACCACCCGGCCGCUCUGCUUGAACCAUUACCCUUGGACUGUACAAAGAAUGCGCCUGGGCACUGGUUUGCAACUGUAAAUACAUCACACUGGU